CGCAUGGCGCCAUGAGAGACGGACUGUGGGUUGGUAAGGCGCUGUGUGCGACGAAUGGCGGCGGCCUUUCUCGGGACUUGCCUAUGUCGCUCCUCUCUGUUGAUCUGGUGUGUGCACGGUAUGAGACGAUGAGUACGACGUUGAUGCGUCGUUGAUUUGCUCUCAAAUCUCUCCGUUGAGGAGGCGGCGGUGGUUCAUGAUGCGUUGCUGCCGUCCGGGAUGCUCAACGACCCCGUUCGCUUAUUAUCGCUUUCGGAUCCUGACGACUUUUUGGACCAUCACGGGUAGAUUGCAGCACGAUUGUUUAAUUAUAGGCUGUGUGUGAUAUGUACGACAUGCGUGCAUACCGGCAAGAGUCAGAAAGCGCAUCCGUGAAGAAUAGGCAAGCAAUCUGGCCUGCCUAUGCAAGAUUAUGUAUUAUGUGUUCUCGCGGUGCGCAACGCAAUGCCUGUAUCUCGAUGACUCAUCUGCUCUCACGUCACGUCCGGAGAGUCUGGGGACGCCCACGUGCCUGGACUCGGUCGGCGGCGGCAGGGAUGGUCAGAGUCCCCCCUUCCUCAUCGACGCGCACAUGCCUGUCACCUGGGCGUCCCUCAUCAUCGAUCAUGACGCAGAGGGCGAAGAUGCAGGACCUGCAUACCGGAAGCAGACUGGCUCGGACUUGUGGCUGUGUCCGCCCGGCGCAGAAGAGUGGAUAGAUGACGGCGUUGAUAUCGUAGUGCCAUCGGAGCAUGAUCGGGCCGACCGAUGGAAAUUGAUCUCUGACUGGCGAUGGGCGACCGACGUGUGUUUGUGCGUUCCCCUCGCGUUCUGCGGACAAGGCAGCUUUGGCCUUUUUCUCUCCCUGGUUGGUGGGUGGUGCUACUUCGCUACUUUCUCAUGCAGGCGCGACAGAAGCUAUCCUCUAUCGUCACAUGCUAGAUCACCUCAACGAAAUCCCGUUUCAGACAGAUCUCCUCAUUCCGUUCUUCUCGGCCUUUGUGUUUCCUUGGAAGAGGCAAAAAGGACUUCCCAGCCCCGGGAGGUCUCGGAGCAGACGACCUCCGUGCAAUAUGAUAGCUGACCCGUUCCCGGCCGACGUUGCAUGAAAAUCCUGGGAGAGUUGCACGAAACCGUCUUC